AUGAUGCACAAACACUACUUUGAAGCGUUGGACAAAACAAUGAGAGAUUUAUUCCGGUUUGUUAAUCCUUCAAGUGCGACUAAUACAUUUGGUGGCAAAAUAGUGGUUUUGGGUGGUGAUUUUAGGCAGAUAUUACCUGUGAUUCCAAAAUGUACAAGAGUUUUAAGAUUGACAAAGAAUCUUCGUUUAAAUAAUAUGGAACCUGGUCUAGAAAUGCAACAAGUGGAAGAGUUUACAAAUUGGAUUGAUUUGAUCGAUGAUGGAACAUUUGGAUGUUCAAAUGAUGAUUGUGCAGAGGUUGAUAUUCCUCAAGAGAUGUUGUUGCCCUCAACUAGUGACCCGAUUUCCACAAUCAUGGAAAGUACAUUUAUGAUGUUUAAGAAUGGAGAUUGUGAUAACAAUUUUCUGGAAAGUCGGGCAAUUUUGGCACCAACACUUCAUGUUGUUAAUUCAAUUAAUGACUACAUGAGUAACAUGCAUAUAGUGGAAACAGGAUAUACUUGA